AUGAACAACCAAGAAAGGAUAUUACCUGAAGCUAACAUACGAUCGUGUAUCGUAGUGUUAGCCAGUUUCUUGGUCAAUGGUCUUGUUUUUAGUUUUAUCAAUUCCUAUUCAGUGACUUAUGUAUAUCUAUUGAAAAGACUAGAGGAUGCUGGUGUCAGUGAAGCAUCGUCAAAAGCAUCAUUGGUUGGCUCUUUGACAGUGGGAACAACAUUUCUAAUGUCACCCAUCGCUGGAGUUCUCGUUGAUCGUAUAGGAAUUAGGACAACUACAUUUAUAGGUGGUUUUAUUGCUACUAAUAGUUUAUUAAUAUCAUCAUAUUUCACACACCAAGUGGAAGUAUUAUACGUAACUUACGGCCUAUUAUAUGGUAUUGGCGCAUCAUUAGCUUAUACGCCUUCAUUGGCUAUUCUUGGUCAUUACUUCAAAAAAUACCUUGGUCUGGUAAACGGUAUAGUUACUGCUGGAAGCUCAUGUUUCACUAUGUUCAUGCCAUACAUCGUAGAUCAUUUACUUGUUAAAUUUGGUCUAGACAACUGUUUAAGAUGGGAAGCAGCUAUGUCAGCCUUGCUAAUGGUAUGCGCUUUGGCGUUCAAGCCUACAAUCAAAUUGGACAAAUCGGAUAUGCAUAAAUCGUUGUCUGAAGAACUGCGAUCAUUGGUCAAUAUUGACAUUUGGAAGAACCCUAAAUAUGUUAUUUGGGCCACAAUGAUUCCUCUCGCUCUCUUCGGAUAUUUUGUCCCUUACGUCCAUUUGGUGAAAUUUGUUGAUGACCGUUUUCCACAAAACGAUGGUAAAAUAUUAGUCACGUGUAUUGGCAUUUCCUCGGGAAUCGGUAGAUUAAUUUCAGGACCAAUAUCUGAUUACAAAGGAGUUAAUAGAAUCGUAAUGCAACAGAUGUCUCUGUUUGUUAUUGGCUUGAUGACUAUGUUUAUCAUUACUGUACCAUACUUUUCCAUACUAUUGAUUAUUACAUUAAUAAUGGGACUUGCCGAUGGAUGUUUUGUUAGUGUCAUGGGUCCAAUCGCUUUUGAUUUAGUUGGUCAAAAAGGCGCUGCACAAGCCAUCGGAUGCAUUCUUGGUCUAUGUUCUAUACCACUGACGGUGGGCCCACCUGUUGCUGGUUGGAUGUACGAUAAGUAUAAAUCUUAUACUGGUGCAUUUUUAAUUGCUGGACUACCACCCAUGAUUUUCGGAAUACUAUUAACUACUACACGGUGUGUAAGGAAAAGGAAUAUGGAAAUGGCAUUAGAAGAUAAGGAUCCAAACGAACCGAAACUUCUUGACCCAAUGCCCGAGUCCUAUAGAAAAGAAGACCCGGAAGAAGUUUGUUGA